AUGAUGCUCAACACCCUCUCCGCUUUCCUUGCGCCGUCGGUCGUGGGCCCGUCAGCUCCGUCGGCCUACCGUGGCCCGCUGCGACUGUCCCGCCUCGCCGGACUCGCCCGCCACUACUUUGCCACCUCGUCGAUCCGCAGCACGACUCCGACCGCGCCGCCGCCGCCGCCGCCGCCAGCGGGCCAGGCACGCCUCACGCUCUACACGGGUCCCCAGUGCGACCUCUGCACCGUGAUGCGCAUCGAAAUCGAAAAGGCCGCAAACGUCGUCCCCCUCGCCCUGUCCACCUACAACAUCCGCGACGAUUCCCUGCCAGACGUCGCAAAGUGGCGACGAAAGUACCAGUACGACAUCCCCGUCCUGCACCUCGACGACAAAGGCGAGUACAGCAAAAUCUUUCGGCACAGGCUCAAGGCAGAGGACCUGGUCAAGGUGAUCCGGGAGGCGCAGGCGCAGGAGGAAGUGCAGACGCAGCCUCGUGAGCCAGCGACAUGA